CUCUCGUGUCUCUCCCUCCAUUCACUCUCCUUAGUCCAGAGGGUCAGAGCGGUCCAAGUCGUCCACUACGACAACUCGCGCAGCACUCUAGCGUCGAUCAUGUUCAAGCCAGGCGGAUUGUUCGGGCCGAAGCCGGGAAAGGCCGCUCUGGAUCAGGCAAUGGGAGGCUCAGGUUCCGCUGACGGCGGCGGCGGCGGCGGCAGCAGCAGCAGCAACAGGGACGACAACAAGAAGGGGAGGGAAGACAAGAGCUACGGCGGGUCGGGGUUCGAUCCCAGGGGCCUAGAACGAGCGGCCAAGGCUGCCAAGAUUCUUAAUGAGUCGCCCAAUGCGUCCAUGGCGCUGGACCUGAUCAAGCAGCAGGAGAUGACCAAGGCCGCGGAGCACCGCAAGCAGGAGGCGGAAUACGCCGCCUACGUCAAGCAGAUGGAGCUGCAACGCGUGGAGCAAGAGGCCGAGGCGGCGCGCAAGACUCUGGGGCUGCAGACGGAGGAGGACAAGAAGCGGGCGCAGUUCGCGGACGAGCUCGAGAGGAAACGACACGUAGAUCAGGUGCAAGCCGACCGCUACAUGCGCGACGAGGAAAUGCGUAAGCAGGAGGAGCUGACCCGCAAGCAGGAGGCCGUGAGGCGAAAAACGCUGGAGUACGAGGCAGAGCUGAGGCAGCAGACGGAGCUUGCCCGCGUCAAGGCCGAGACGGAGGGGAAGAUUAGGCAGGAGAGGGAGAACCACGACCUGAGACUGGAGGAAGCUAGGGAGGGAGCGAAGGAGUACCGAGACACGGUGCUAGAAGGGAUCAAGCUGGCGGGGGACACGCUAGGAGCUGGUCUGCAGGAAUUCUUGGGCGACAAGGACAAGAUGGUGGCGGCCACCGCGACCUUGACGGCCAUGGCCCUCGGGAUCUACACCGCUAGGACAGGCACAGGCGUGGCCGGGCGUUACAUCGAGGCACGACUUGGAAAACCUUCGUUGGUUCGGGAAACCUCAAGGCGGACGCUUAUCCAAACCGUCCGCAACCCCAUCCCCACCAUUAAGCGGGCCUUCGGCAUGCACAAGGUGGAGGACGCCCUUAGCGGCGUCGUUUUGGAGAAGAGCCUCGAGACGCGACUGUCGAGAGUGGCUCAGUCGACCUUCAACACCAAGCGGAAUAGCGCGCCUUUCAGACACCUUCUCCUCUACGGACCCCCUGGUACCGGUAAGACUCUCUUCGCCAAGGGAUUGGCGCGCCACUCCGGCCUGGAGUACGCCAUCAUGACAGGUGGCGACAUCGCCCCACUGGGAAGGGACGCGGUCACGGAGAUGCACAAGGUCUUCGACUGGGCUCAGGCGAGCCGAAAGGGUCUUCUGUUGUUCGUGGACGAGGCGGAUGCCUUCCUUCGACGGCGCAACACGGAGACCAUCAGCGAGGACCUGCGCAACGCCCUCAACGCCUUCCUCUACCGGACGGGAGAAUCGACGGACAAGUUCAUGCUGGUGUACGCGUCCAACCAGCCGGAGCAGUUCGACUGGGCGGUGAACGACCGCAUCGACGAGAUGGUGCGCUUCGACCUACCCGGGCGAGAAGAACGCCUGCGGAUGGUAAACCUCUACAUGAAAAACUACCUCCUCGACCCUCCGGGAAAGGCGAAAGUCAUCAGGGUCGACGGAAUUGAGGACUCCCACCUGCAAGAUGUGGCCGACUUGACGGAGGGGUUCUCGGGGCGAGAGAUAGCCAAGCUGGCCAUCGCGUGGCAGGCGGCGGCGUACGGGACGCCAGACUCUUCCUUCAACGCGGAGCUAAUGACGGAAGUCUUGCAGGCGCACCUGCAGCAGAAGAGACAGAAGCAGGCCUGGCUCGAAGGGGCGCAGACUAGUUCAGGCGGGUUGAUCAUGCCACCCCCUUCCGAGACGGCGGGGGCGACCGUCGAGCCAAUCCCACCACGGCUAGUGCGAACGCUCACGCAGGAUGCGCCAGAAGACGGCACGAAAGGGAAGCCGAAGGGCACAAGCUAGUUGGGGGAAAACAUUGGGGUAGCGGGAAAGGGGAGGGGAGGUUGUUGCAGGCCUGCUGGCGUUCAGUGAGGGGUAGAGGGUUGGAUACGGUAAAUAUGAGGUCACUCGUUCCCGGUGUGUACUUUCGAAUUUGUUUGCUGGGCUCCGAUUCCGCACUCUCUGUGUGGAGUGUCGCAAUCCUGGCUCUGGGCACCACUCGCAGCUGCUGAAGUAAUAUUAUUGGGGUAACUUUCAUCUGCCGAGUGGGAUGUGCGGAAUCCAGAUUGGAUGCACAGCGUAGGCUUCGACCGCAUGGGGGUAGGGAAGGUUUUCCGCUGUCCCUCUCGGAUGCGAAAAAACGAUGGCAGACUUUCGUGUCUUUCCCAUGACUCUGGUCCAUGCACCGAAUAUCCAUCGAAAGACGUGCCUUGCUCAAUAGGAUGUUCCGCAACGCCCU